AACGUCAUGUCGUUUGUUAUCUGCCGACUGCCGUCGUUCACCUCAAAACGACGAAAUCUCUCUACCAACUGCAUACAUCGGAUUCACGAUACAGGCCAUUGCUUCACCAAAUUUCUCCGGCAAGCCGUCGAAGGCCGUCAUCUGAUUGUCCGACACCAUUUUCUGACAUUCACGUCGCCGCAACUGAGUUGACAUCUUCGCCAUUAUCGUUUUAAGCAAAUAUUGAGACGGUAAAUUGAGCUGUCUAGCAAGCGAUUAUCAAAUGUUGGCGGACGCGACGAAUUGGGACGAAGCUGCCUACAGAGAGAGUAUAUAUAAAGAGAGAGAGAUCCAAACUCGGACUGUGUUCAGAACGGCAUGGGCGCCCUCCUUAAAUGGUUGCCCCGAAACCAUUGUGGCUGCCUCCAGCGAUGGAUCCAUUGCCUCUUAUUCUAUCGCUUCUUGCAUCUCUAAGUUGCAUUUUGGUUAUGGAAAUACUAGAAGUUUGCUAGCAGCAGAGCCUCAUUGCUUCCUUCAAGGGCACGAUGGGCCCGCAUAUGAUGUCAAAUUUUAUGAUAAUGGCAAUAAUACUCUAUUAUUGAGCUGCGGGGAUGAUGGUCACAUUCGAGGAUGGAGGUGGAGAGAAUGUACAGAUAUAGAGGUGCCCAUUUAUUUGCAAGGUAGUCAUAUUGAGCCUGUAAUGGACCUGAUGAAUCCUCAAUACAAAGGUCCUUGGGGUGCUCUUUCUCCAAUGCCUGAAAAUAAUGCAAUUGCUUCUGAUGCCCAGAGUGGAUCCAUUUUUUCUGCUGCUGGAGAUUCUUGUGCGUAUUGUUGGGAUUUGGAGAGCGGUAAAAUUAAGAUGGUGUUUAAGGGGCACUCUGACUACUUGCACUGUAUUGUUGCCCGAAACACUGUCAAUCAAAUCAUAACUGGUUCAGAAGAUGGCACAGCACGAAUAUGGGAUUGCAAGAGUGGGAAGUGCAUUCAACUAAUUGACCCAGCUAAGGAUAAGAAGCUUAAGGGGCACUUCUCAUGCAUUAGAUGCAUUGCUCUUGAUGCAAGUGAAAGCUGGUUGGCCUGUGCUGAUGGUCGGAGUUUAUCAGUGUGGAACCUUCCGUCUUCUGAAUUCAUUUCAAAAACUUUGACCCGUUCUUCAAUGCAGGAUAUGGUUUUUUGUGAUAAUCAAAUAUUAGGUGUUGGAGCAGAGCCAUUCCUAACCCGUUUUGACAUAAAUGGAUCGGUGCUUUCGCAAAUACAAUGUGCACCUCAGUCAGCUUUUUCUGUUGCAUUACAUCCAUCUGGCGUAAGUUCAAGUCGCAGCAGUUGGGGGCUAUGGCGGUCUCGUGGAUGUUAUCUCGCAGUUUGGAAGCCAUUUAUGCACAUUCUGCUGUCAAUACAGAUAAAAAGAGAGAUAAUCCAUUGCUUUACUGCACUCCAGCAGUUGAGGAUGUGGUUGGAAAUUGGAAGGUGCUGUUUUGCUUCACGAUAUACCUGUCAAAGGAGUUGCAAUCCGGUAACUUUUUGUUGUGAAUCAUGGCUAUCAUGGAGGACAUUAAUCGGCCAAGUUUUCUAGUAUAUCCUGAUGCUAGGGUAGUAUUAUAUUUCUGUAAAAGGUAGGUAUUUCCAACUCUCCACAUAUUGUUGAGUGAUUUUCUUUAUAUAUUA